AUGGCGGGGAUGGGUUUGUUAGAACACAAAGCCUCUGCUUCGUGGAAAACGGAACGUAAGAGAAUUUUUGAAAGAAAGAAAUUUGAUAUUAACGAAAAAGUCGAGGUGAGGAGUGUUGAAGAAGGGUUUCAAGGUUCAUGGCAUCAAGGAAGUGUUAUUUCAUGGAAUAAGCGAGAGUGUCACGUCAAGUAUGAUCAUCUUCUUCUUGAUGAUGGUUCUGAUAAGCUCGUCGACAUUGUGAGUGUUUCUGCUGUAACAAAUGUUUUUGCUUGUUCAUGUGAGACUCACUAUAACUAUCGAGGGACUAUAAGGCAAUUGCCACCUGAACUAGAGUUCUGCAAAUGGAACCUUUGCUACGGGCUCUGCGUUGAUGUAUUGUAUAAUGAUGCUUGGUGGGAAGGUGUGAUUUUGGACCAUGAAGUUGGUUCAGAGAAGAGGAGAGUUUUCUUCCCUGAUUUGGGUGAUGAAAUGACUGCUGAAAUUGGCAACUUACGAAUUACUCAAGAUUGGAACGACUUCGAAGAGGAGUGGCAAAAACGUGGAACCUGGUUGUUUCUUGAGUUGAUUGAACAAUACGGGAAAGAAUGGUUUCUUUCUGUUUCUGUACAACAAUUUUGGUACGAUUUACGAGAGAGAAAGGAUUUUCAAAAUGUUGGAGAGUGGACAUUUUCUUGUGAGACUCUGUGGAAAGAAUUGGUGCUAGAAGUAAUAAAAGAUAUCCAUAAAAUCACUGCGGAUCAUUUUGUCAAGGUAUUAGGCCUUCCUGCUUUCUCCCAACCAGAAACCAAAUCAGAAGAGGAGCCUGUUAUACCGGAUGCAGAUGUUUAUAUGAGUACUGAUGCAAAUUUAGGUGACACUUUUGCUCUUGUACCAGUUAAGAAUCACGUUAACAGUUCUUUGUUGAGUCCAGACACAGUUAGAACUCCAUCAAUUCAAAGGAAAUCAAGUUCCGGUCAGCUGAUGCAUGUUUUCAAGGAUGAUAACAGUGUUUUGCCCAAAACCUGUGUUGAUAAAGCUGUCUGUAGUUCACCUGAGGCUUUGUUGAUCUCACCCUCUGUUGUAGGUGGAAUUUCCAGCAUCUGUUCUGUAGCUAGCAAUGAAGGGAUUUCCGGCACUGAUAUAGAUACAACUGAAAGGAGGGCUAAACAUUCAGGGCCCAAUGUAACUGCAACAUGGAUGCCUCCUGACCCUGAGCUUCUUCCUAAAGCUGAGUCAUGCCCUGAUGCCAUUACCAAAUAUGUUCUUGCUAGUAAGGAGCGUGAUAAUUCUCUGAUAGCUGAUGUUAGGAAGCAUCUUCUGUGUCAAGGAUGGAAAAUGGAGACCAAGCAAGACGGAAAAAUCCUCAGGUGGAGAUACUUCUCACCAGCUGGGCGACUACAUUUUAUUGAACCAGAAUAUUGUCCUCAAGCUGUUUUGGACUGGUCUAAGGCUGAAUUGGAUGAGAUUCGCAGAUGCAAGGGAAGUGAUAUGACACUAAAGGCAAAAAAGCAUCUCUCAUGGCUGGGUUGGGCGUUUCACUAUGCAACCAAAUAUGGAAAGCGCUAUUUGUGCUACACUUCUCCAAGAGGAAGGAUGUACCAGUCACUUCGGGAAGCCUGCAAAAACUGUAUAAAAGAAGGCGGACUUUCUCAAACUGAUGCCUCUCCCUCUAGUCCAGUGGAAAAAAAUUAUGCUGUUGAGGAGAUUGAUUGUCAGUUAGUGAGUGAAAAGCUUUCUUCUACACUUGCUAUUGUGGAUAUCCAGAGAAGUUGGAUGCCAUCAAAUAAUGAAUCUGCAAACUGGUCCAAGAAGUGUCAUUCGAGAUUUGAGAGAAGAAAUGUCGUUGAGCGAAGUAGGGUCAUUCAAAAGCCUAAAAGGAAGAGAAGAGAUAGUUUGUCAUAUCUUGCAUUUGACUUAAAAAAAAGGCGAGCUGACUUACCUGUUAAAUACACUAGCAUCUCAAGAUUGAAAGGUGGAAAGUUACCUGCGGCACUGAUCAAACUAAGAGAGAAUCUUAAAGGUAGUCAACAUAACCGUGUGCUACAAUCAACCAAAAGAGUGCAGCAGAUUGUAACUCCUAGUUCAUUGCAUCAAAAUCCACGAACUGUGCUGUCUUGGUUAAUAGAUAAAAAUAUUGUUUUGCCAAGGUCAAAAGUACAUUACUGGAGGAAGAAGCAGAGGUUGAAAGCUGAAGGGAGGAUAACUCGUAAUGGAAUUAUGUGCAAAUGUUGUGGCAAGGUAUACACUCUUGGUAGUUUUGUAUCACAUGGCGGUGGUGACCACCAGAGACCAGCUGCCAAGAUCUUCUUGGAAGAUGGCAGGUCUCUAUUGGACUGCCAGAUGCAAGUAAUUCAAAAUAGUAGAGUGAAGUUUGGAAAAAAGAAGAAUUCCCAGUUGACCUGCAAUUGCCGAAUGGACCAGAAUGAUGAAAUUUGUUCUGUUUGUCAGUAUGGGGGUGAACUAAUUUUAUGUGAUCAAUGUCCAUCCUCAUUCCAUAAAAACUGCCGUGGUUUAAAGACAGUUCCAGAAGGUGAUUGGUUCUGUCCAUCAUGUUGCUGUGGGAUUUGUGGUCAAAGCAAGCUUAAAGAUGGUGCAAGUAUAGUGGAUGACAGACUUUUCACUUGUGCUCAGUGUGCACAUAAAUAUCAUGUUGGCUGCAUAUGCAGUGCAGGGGCAGAUAGGUUGGAAAUGCGUGCAAAAGAAAAUUGGUUUUGCAGUAAAAAGUGUGAAGAGAUAUCUUUGGGCCUUAAUAAGCUUUUAGGGAGACCAAUUCCUGUUGGAACAGACAUUCUAACAUGGACAUUAAUUAAAUCUGUGCAGCCGGAGAGUCAUGAUCCUGGUGCUUCAUAUAAUGAAACUAUGGUUGAGAAUUAUAGCAAACUUAGCAUUGCGCUUGAAGUGAUGCAUGAGUGUUUUGAGCCUGUCAAAGAAUCUCGUACAGGAAGAGAUCUUUUUGCAGAUAUUAUAUUCAGUAGAAGAUUUAUGGCUGGAGUGACUUAUGAUAACGAUGGUGUAUGCUGUCUAUGCCUGCGCCUAGGGGAGGAAAAUGAUCUACUUUUGUGUGAUUUGUUUAUGUUAAUCUGGCAAAACAUUAUCUUGGACUGA